AGAGAGCAAUUAGUCUCUAUGUUGGCCGUCGCACUUUUCUUUUGGCAUGAAAUCAAAAGACCGCAUCCACGUGCAGCUCUUCAUCGAGUCGGAACCUUUAUCUCCGACCUGAGCUCCAUCGGAACUGCGACUGUACUACUACAUCCAUUUACAUUAUUCAAAAGAUGUCGAGGGACGAGAGGGAGACCGGGGAUAGGGAAAGCGCUGCUCCGGAAAAGGGGAUUGCUUUGGACCAGACAGGAGUCGCAAGGGAAUUCAGUGGCGCACCGAGAGAUGAACCCGAAGCACACUCAUUAUCCGCAAGAUCGAAUACCAAUCCUUUUCUGCGCGAGGAUGCACGAGGAGGCGGCCCUGUUUUUGGCGCAUCAACCGCUUCAGUAAGCAACGAUGGCAAUCCUGCUUUGCCAGCCGGCGCACGUUCAAGGACAAGCCCCGCCACUGCAUCCGGAACAUCAUCGCUUGCGCAAUGCUUCCAGCAGACACCUGUGCCUCGUGGUCUGGGCGGAAAGGUUCAACAUAAUUCCAUGGAACACGGUCCUCCGACGAGAUAUAGUGACACGUCGAAUGAUGUUGAGUUAGCAAAUCCUGCCGCCGCGACCACGACGCACUCGUCUCGUCCGAAGUGCUACUAUCCAGAAAAUCGCACGGUUGCUGCUUCGUACCCCGGUGCACCAACACCGGGGCUGGCAGAUUUGCUGAACAACAUCAGCAUUCACACGAGAGCAGGUGGAUCUUCAGAUGGGGCUGCAGGGGCCAACAGCAGCUUUCUUAGCGGGCACGGAGAACGCAGCGACGGCGGCGGAAACGACCCACGCGCGGCCGUCUCUGCUAGCAGCCGCGAGCACGUGGCGGAUGAUCCGACGGGGGCACACAAAAGCUACAUCGAUGAGGCCGAGGGCCCCUUGCUCCAGCAGCGCCUGCAGUUUGACUACCGCCAGAGUCUGCGCGUCCUGCAGCACCGAGAUCGCGAAAUCGCAGAUUUGCGACAGGAAUAUCACCUGGCACAGAAAGGCCUGAAUGAGCUGCAGCGCGAGUUGAAGCAGCAAAUGACAAAGACCUCCCUUCUGGAGCGCCAGACACACGAAGAAAAAUUGCGGCUUGAAGAACAGAUACGCACCGUGACGAAGGACCACGACCUAUUUCUACAGAAAACCCGUGAGGAGCGAAAGCAAUGGGAGGAAAGAAUCCGGGAAAUGGCAGCGGUGUACGAGCAAAAGAUGAAUGAACUGCGAAAGAAAACCGAUCAGGCAGAAAAAUUCGCACUCGAAAAGGAAAGAAAAGUGAAUGAAGACCUGCACACAGUGGCCGAGAAGCUUCGCUCACAAAAGCAAAAGUUUCAAACCUCGGUAACCCUUUGUCUUUGACUGCUUCGAUUUCGAUUUCCACGAUUGUGAUUACAAAUUACAUGACCACAGUACCGUGGAUGUUUCUAAAAAUGUGCCAGGAAUCCAUGAAACUGAAGCACAAGCAACGGAAUCGAAAAUAUGGUGUAGUUGAUAAAAAUUAACAUAGUCGUGUUCGUGGUGAGGACCUAGAUAAAACUACCUCGCAUUGCUAUGUGGACGAAAACUGCAAGAUAUCCGCAAUGCAUUCUUGAAGAACACGGAAUGGAACUCCAUCCUUUUUUGGUGAACGAAGUAGAGAUGCCAAGCACGCAACGAACACUGCACAACAUCUACAACUACAACAGCUCGACGAGAAAGACGCGGGGCAUCAGCGUACGCGGGCCGACUUGGAGCAGCGGUUUGAGCAGGAGAGGCGGAGUCUGCAGGCGAAGUGCGCCGAAGUCGAAACCAGUCGGGAUCGCAUGGAGUCGCGGUUGCGUACGGAGCAGGAACUUGCUACGAAGUUCAAGGAGCAGCUCUACCAGGUCGAGCGCGACCAGAAGCAGAAGGAGCAGGAGUGGAGAUUCGCGGUGGAGAACUUGCAAAACGAGCUACUGGAGAAGAAGAGGACGGCGGAGAUGGGCAGCAAGCAGUACGAAUUGAAGCUAGGCGAGGUGUCCGAGGAGAAGGCCACUUUGGAAAGUGCGAACAAGAAGAUGUGGGCGGAGAACAUCGAUCUCCAGAAAAAGUGCGAGGCCUACGGGAAAACGGACGCCAUGUUGAAAAGGGAAAAGACCGAACUCGAAGACACGUUAUCACGGCUAAAAAAAGAGUACAAGCAAGAGAUCCGGGCGAAGGCGGACGAGCUCGCGGAGAUGGUCUCAAAACUGGCUGGGGAGAAGCAAAAGAUGGAGGACGAUUUUCGCAAAGUUGCGCAGUCCGAACAGAGAAAGUGGCAGGCGCAGAGGGAAAGUGAGGUGCGCCCGCUAAAGAACGAAAUUCGGUUGCUCACAGAAAACCUAGAUCGAGUCACGAAGGAUUGCCGCGAAGCGAAGAGCCGCGGAGAAGAAUUCUGUACUUCGAUUAACCUUCCUGACAAAAUAAAAUCUGUACCUCGAUAAGAAUCGCGCUCCUCCUACUGAAAUGUGAAAUGUUGGUCUUCUUUCUUCUAACUCUAACAUUUCUUGGGUCUGUCGUGGUGCCGUCGCCACAUUCAUAUUCAUACUGCGUGUACUUUCUCAGAUCUAGUAUCUGCUGAGAGUUGGAGGAUUCCUUGACUCGGGUCCGACGACGCAAUGAGCUGUGACUUUGACAGCCGGUGCCACCGAGGAACAAGUCUUCUGCUCUUUUUUGAUACGACACCGCGGACACGACACAUGUGAUCAAAUCUUUAGAUCCUCAAUAAAAACUUCCGAAUUUUUGACAAUACAGAUCUGGAGGCCCACACUCGCAAUCAGGAGUGCGUCACCUUGCGCGAAGAAAACGCAGCUUUAAAACUGCGUUUGUGGAGCGAUGAAGCUGCGGAGCGGCUGCAUCCGGGAGGAAUGAAAGAGGACGGCGCCAGAGCUGGAUCGAACUACCCACCACAGCAGUUUGGCUACCCAUCCGUCGGCGCAGUAGAAGACGAGGAGCAGGGGAAUAACUACAUGGAUCUGGUCAGUGAUGCGCGGACAGCUUUUUCCUCAAUUUCUCCAAAAUUUCGCAAGUCCCACUACUCGACCAGAGGCCCUGGUGCCGGGGGAGCACAGCGUCGUUUUGUUCAACACCCUGAUCAGAUGACUCAAGCGCCCCGCAUGAAAGCGAGUGGCGCCUUGCGGCACCCGACUCCGGACCCGACAAAGGGCUUGCUGCGCUCGCGAUCGCGAGGGAACACCGGGGACGAUAUCAUCUCGUCUGCAGACCAGGAUAUGGAGCUGCAACUGCUGCAGAAGCAGCGGGGUAAAAUGGAUGACGUGCGUGCGCUCAGCGAUUGCGUCGAGCCUGCGUCCGUUCCCGCUGCGCCCCCGCCAAGUGAGCCGCUGCGCCAGUUCCGAGGAGGGGAAGCGGCACAGCCAAUGAGGCCAGCUUGGCUGGAUUCAAAAACAGGUGGAACGCCCCAACGAGACCUGGUUCAUCUGGAGAGAAGAAUAAACGAUAAUGCUUUGCGUGCCCCCCCUUCAGUAUCAGUGCCGGGAGCACGAGCAGACAACGGUGGAGCUGGUGCCGCGUACUUCGCGAUGCAUGCGAACGCGCUUCCGCUGAAUGCAAACCAGGCUGUCAACGGAGCUGCGGUGGCACCACCAGGGGCGUCGUCGAGCACGACGCAAUAUCAAAUGCAGAAAUGUCUGGGUCUGGAAGAAUGCGCAAUUUGUCAUGCAGAUUUUCCAUGACCCAUGAGGUCUGGAAUGCAGGACCUAGCAUGACAGAUUCUGUGCGAUCUCUCUCAUGCCUAUCCUGCAUGAGAAUCUCCCUCCCGACUUGGUCAAAACUGGACGACUUUUGGUAAUCAUGCAACACAGAUUUUUACAUGCUUGAGAUUUAGCAUGACAACUUGCAUUCUUCCAGACCCAGACAUUUUUACAUUUGAUACGCAACAGGAUCAACAGGCAGUCGUUUUGUCGCACCUUGCGGACUAUCCUGUGCAAAAGUAUCGUACUCGUACUAGUAAAUUGCAGAUAUGCAUGACAAAUCCAACUUUCUACCUGAAAUAGCAUGAAAAAUUGCAUUUUUGUUCUUGGGAAAAUUUGUAUAUGCAAUUUAUACUAGUAGUACGAUAGUUUUGCAAUGCAUACGGACGCGCUGGCCAAGGUGACAGAGCAGCAGGCUGACCUGAAAGAGCUUGUGAUGAAAACGCGAAAGCAGCAGCAACGACAGGAGAACAAGAAUCGCCAAGAAGACCACCACCACGAGGAUGCGCAUCUUGCGCAUGAAGAUGCGCCAUCCGCCACGCAUGCCCUGCAGUGGGCCACGUUAGUAGGACAAGAAGAAAGAAAGGAGCUACAACUCGAGCAGAGGCAGAUCCAGCAGGCACCUCAAGAGAACAAGUACACCUCUGCUGAUCUUGUUAGUGAGGACGAGGAGGGCGCUGAACUACAACCUGAAACUGGGACAGCUUCGCUCACGGCUCCUGGCCAAAACAGGGACAUCAACUGCGAAGACGUCGACGGCUCCCACUCCCCGACGUCGAACAAAAGCGUGGUGAAUAUCACCGCUCUCAUAGAGGAAGACGAGCAGUAUUGCAAAAGUCUUUUCCCAAAGAAUGUUGAAGCAAGCUCUUGUUCGUCCCAAACGAGGAAGCCGCCAGACAAGAUUUUCUCCUUUGGAGAUCCCUACGAGGUUCCUGCAUAUCUGGCCCACAAGGAGAGCAGCUCGAGUUGCGCACGGGAUGAACAGGAGGCAGGAACUGCAAGCCUUUUGAGCGAUCAGGUCGAUGAAAUGGGUCUGCGCCUUGCGGCGGCUGGCUCUACGUCUUUUGACCUGCACGAGGCUGCGGAAGCGGAGAUUCGCCGCCGGGCGUCCGUCGUCGCGAACGCUGCGUCUUCUUCGAGUGCGCCGAGGCUGAAGGCUUCCGAAAGCUUGCCGAGCUUCCCUCUAGGGCAGCAGCGUCGUGCUGGUGUUCUUAACGUCGAAGAUCCAGAGGAAGACUUGGAGUUCUUCGGCUCUGGGCCGCUACUGAAUUUCGAAGACACGAAUCAGGGUUUCCCAGGUCGGCACACGCGCGCAGCUUCUAUGGUUGACAGCCGCGAGCAGAAUGUUGCAAGACGUAACCGUCGUGCGGACCGGGUUCGAACUUUGAAUGAAGCCUCCACAGGCCAGAGCUUGAAUGUGAACGCGAUCCUGGCUAAUUCCGCGAAUCGUCCGGAGCCGGAACUGUUGCGCGAAUCGCCGUAUCUCGGCACGGGAGCAGGGUCGCUGAUCGUGGGCGGGGGGAAGGUGGCAGGACCAGGAGGAGCUGCACGGGCGCCUAGUGCGAGAAAUAUUAGAACCGAAAAUUCCGCUAAUGCGGGACAGCCAAGGCUGCAGCGGAGUAGCAACAACAAUCUCAACGGAUCCUACGGCGCUACCCGGACGACCACACUUUCCGGGCGUCCGAAGAGACGCAACAGGCCUGGCGGUGCCCCGGGUGCAGCGCCAAAUUCGUUGUACAACGCACGGCGUGCGGGCUUAGCACUACCCGUGCGCGCACGCGUGAACUCUGGGCUAACGGCAGCGCGGGACGCCUUAUCCGAAACAGGAAGGUCUUCCUGGGUCGGAUCGUCAAAAUGAGUGCUGCAUAUUGGUGCCCGCCUGUUGCUCAGAUAGAAAGAGAUGAAGUUCUUGAUGCGAAAAUGGCAAGACGCGACUUUUAUCUAUGCGCGCUUGGGGACGGAGUGCCAUACGCGCAUCUGUUGUGGCACAAAGAGACGCAUGCAGGGUGGCAGAUUCACCCAAACCAGAAAAAGAAUGUGAAUGAAUACGCAUACUAUAAGGACAAAGCAUCCGCCAACGGGGACUAUGCUCGAUGCUACGAGUGGGGAGGAAUUAUGACGAUGAUGAUGGUCUCAACUGUGGCAAUCCUGCUGUCUGUCUUAC